GCCGCGCGCCGUGGUCUCGCCCACCCCCGCUGCCAUGUUGAAUCGCGCGGCCGCCGGGGCCGGGCCGGAGUUGGAAGUUUAGGGGCGGGAGCGAUCGGUAUCGGCCCCGGCGCGGAGCGGCUCCGGCGCGGCUGCACGGCUGCCCGGCACCCCCUUUCCCGGCCGCCCCCCUCCCAGGCACCCUGCCCGCCGCCCCUCUUUUCUUCCCUCCUUCCCCGGCCCCGCGAAGAGGCUCAGCGAUGCGGCUGCUGUGAGGCCCCGGCGGCGGCGGCGGAGGAGGAAGGGGAGGAAGGGGCCGCGGGCGCCAUCGGUCGCAGGGCGGCGAGGGCAGCGCCGGGCCGGCCCCGGCCAUGAGCGGCGCCCCGCAGCAGCAGCCCCCGCGGCGGGUCACCAACGUGGGCUCGCUGCUGCUCACCCCGCAGGAGAAUGAGAGCCUCUUCGGCUUCCUCGGCAAAAAAUGCGUGACGAUGUCUUCAGCAGUCGUUCAGAUAUACGCAGCAGAUCGCAAUGCCAUGUGGUCAAAGAAGUGCUGUGGUGUAGCUUGCCUUGUAAAGGACAAUCCACAGAGGUCGUAUUUUAUCAGAAUAUUUGACAUUAAGGAUGGGAAAUUAUUGUGGGAGCAGGAGCUGUACAAUAACUUUGUAUAUAAUAGUCCUAGAGGAUAUUUUCAUACCUUUGCUGGAGAUACAUGUCAAGUUGGUCUUAAUUUUGCUAAUGAAGAAGAAGCUAAACUAUUCCGCAAAACAGUAACAGAUUUACUUGGACGACGGCAGAGAAAAUCUGAAAAAAGACGAGACCCACCAAAUGGCCCCAGUCUACCAAUGGCAACUGUUGAUAUCAAAAACCCAGAAAUUACAACUAACAGAUUUUAUACUCCACAAGUCAACAAUAUUUCAUAUACCAAAGAAAAGAAGAAAGGAAAAACUAAAAAGAGAAGAUUGACAAAGGCAGAUAUUGGAACUCCAUCUAAUUUCCAACACAUUGGACAUGUUGGUUGGGAUCCAAACACAGGUUUUGAUGUGAACAACUUAGACCCAGAACUGAAAAAUCUGUUUGAUCUGUGUGGAAUUUCAGAGGCUCAACUAAAAGACAAAGAAACUUCAAAGGUCAUAUAUGAUUUCAUUGAGAAAACAGGAGGUGUGGAAGCUGUUAAAAACGAGCUGCGCAGACAAGCUCCACCUCCGCCACCACCGUGCAGAGGAGGACCCCCUCCACCUCCACCCCCCCCUCCCCAUAGCUCGGGCCCUCCUCCUCCCCCUGCUAGGGGCCGAGGGGCGCCCCCUCCCCCUCCUUCAAGGGCUCCCACCGCGGCGCCUCCGCCCCCGCCUCCAUCCAGGCCUGGUGCGGCGGUGCCGCCGCCCCCGCCCAACCGCAUGUAUCCUCCUCCGCCGCCCGUGCAUUCCUCGGCCGCACCCCCCGGCCCUCCUCCGCCGCCGCCGCCGCCGGCAAGUGGCUCCUCUGUUCCUCCGCCCCCUCCACCUCCUCCGCCCCCUCCUGGUCCUCCUCCACCGCCAGGCCUUCCUUCAGAGGUUGAUCACCAGCUUCCAGUUCCUGCGGGAAACAAAGCUGCACUCUUGGAUCAAAUCAGAGAAGGAGCUCAGUUGAAGAAGGUAGAACAGAACAGUCGACCAGUGUCCUGCUCAGGAAGAGAUGCACUGCUAGAUCAGAUACGACAGGGUAUACAGUUGAAAUCUGUAUCUGAUGGUCAGGAAAGUGCACCACCUACACCUGCACCCACCUCAGGGAUUGUGGGUGCAUUGAUGGAAGUUAUGCAGAAAAGGAGCAAAGCCAUUCAUUCUUCAGAUGAAGAUGAGGAUGAAGAUGAUGAAGAAGACUUUGAGGAUGAUGACGAAUGGGAUGAUUGAUCAUAUAUUAUUAUAUAUAUAUUUUUUAAGGUGAAUGAUAUACUAAACACUGCUUUCUGUCUAUGGAUUCUGUAAAAUUAUCAUGUAAAUGUUCUACCAAUUUGCUGUAUAUUUUUGUUGCCUUUUGCUUUUUUAUUAAUCUGUGCAAUACCUCAUUUAAUCUGUAAAGGUUUGUCAUAAUCCUCUACAAAGCUACUCCCUGUUAAUGUGUGCAAGUUUACACCUGGAUGAUAAUGUACAUGUGAAUACUUUCCAUUCCAUCAAUAAGGGAGUUUAAAUGUAAUAUGUGAGACUGACAAAAACCUUAAUGUAAUUUAGUUAUAAUGCAAGAAGGAAAACACUAUUUUCAUACCCUACUUUUUCUGUAUCUAAAUUUUCUUAUUAAAGCCUAGUAUAGCACUAUGUUCUUUAAGUGAUGCAGCUCUUAGUUUAUUUAGCCCCUUGAUUUCAAAUGAAAUGCUGUAUGAAUGUUGAGGCUGAUUUAUACUAUUGCAUGGUUUCAAAUACAUCAGCACAUUGCAGGUCAAAUCUUAGCAGUAUGCUUUACAUAACACAAAAGCACUGCAGAAGAAUGCACAGCUAGUUGUGAAAAUUACCUUGUCCUAACUAUAGUACUGACUGCUAUUGAACAGCAGUAGAAAUUAAAUUCUUCAAUGGGGACCUCUAUCUGAAGUUAAACAGGGUGGCUCUGUAUUGUCAUAGUGGUAAAAGCAACUUUGAUGCAAACAAGUUCAACUUUUGGUUGGUUUUGGUUUGGGGUUUCUGGGGGAUUUUUUAGGGGUUGGAUUUUGUUGGUUGGGUUUUUGUUUGUUUUUUUCUUUUUUCCUUCCCUGCUAUUACUUCCAGAAUGAAGAUGUCUAAAUUACUGAGGGCUGUACUGGAGGCUGGCAAUCGCUACAGUUUGAUCUAUUUUUAAAAUCAAUUUUUUGUGGGUUUUAGGCUGAAGGGCUGCAUUUAAGGCUUGCUUCAAUAGCAUUUAAUUACUUUUUAAAAUUUGUAGGACAUUGGUGUACUAAUAAACACAAGUGGUAUUACUUUGCAGUCUUUGCUUUAUGGUACACAGCAGAUGCUGAAACACCAAUCCUACAUCCUGUAGGUUGGAAAGUCUCAUAAACUCAGAAUUAUACACUAUGGAGUGUAAAGUACUGAACUUUAUGGCAGUAUUUUGUCUUCAUAUGUUGGCUUUAAGACCGAGGGUUGUGAUGAAGAUGAAGAACCUGAUUCACAAGAAUAGUAUUUGAAUAAGUGGACAGAACAUGGGAUUUUCAUUUCACAGCUUGCACAUUUAUAUACAUUGUACUUGUAAACAUUGGCACAUCUGCCUAUUAUGAAGUACUAAUCUAUGCUAAGUGGGUAUUUAAUAUCUGCAGCAUUAAUUACUGUACUUGCUGUAAUUUUCAGGUAGAAAAUCUUUUUAAAAACCACAUUAUCGGACACAGAAUGUUCAUUAAAGUCAGUUACAUUUGAGUGUAGUUAAUGCAUAGUGUCCUGGGUCUUUGACUGUAGUCAGGGUAUCAAACAAAAUUUAAGUUAUCAGACAAGUAUUGACUGAAACCCAGUGUUGACCUGAUCUUGACAGGCUGGACCUGCAUGAUAUGGCUUGGAUUUCUAACCCAGUUAUAACCUAGUCUUUAGCAAAUUAAUUUAGUCGUAGGAGGAGAAAAGAAAGUUGCUGAAAAGUAGUGGGAGAGGUAAGGUUGUAGUUAAAUUAUUCAGAGGAUGCUAACUUCCUUCCAAGAGUAAUUUAAGCACAUAACUUGAGGAAAAAAAUUGCCAAGUGGUCUCAUUUUCUUGCAGUAACUUUCUCAUUGGCCUCUGCUGCUGGAAACACUUCCUGCUAGCUUUGCUGCUGUAAUGGCUUGAGCUUUGGAUCAAGUGCAAGUGCAGCCUCAUGUAGCUAAUGGCAGUGGAGUUAGCAACUUGUGUAUAAGGAAAAUAUUUUUAUGGCUUUCAUAUAACUUCUGGCACUGCACUCUUAUUUUUAUUGCAUAUAGGGCAUCUAAAAAUUAAGCAGAUGAGGCCUAGAGUUUUCCUAACAUGCUACUUACUAGAUAUGUUUAGCUGUUAUGUUCCCAGGAUUGGAAUUUCUGUAAUAUAGUUAAUAAUUAAGCAUCACAGUUCAUUAAUCAAAUUUCUAUUCUGGAUUUUGGGAGCUCUGAAGUUGCAUUAUUGAAUAAAACUUUGAUUUGUAGAUACUGGCCAAAGAAAGUUUUUGGGUUUUCUAUUUCUUCAUAUAAAAAGUACACUCACACCUGUGGUGUCCAGGUUAAUAUUUCCUUUCCAGUAGUGUUUGUUCAUGAUAAAUUUCAGGCAUACAGACUGCGAUGCAGUUAAGUUACUCAUAGCUGCAUGCUUCAGCACUGCCACUUUUGCUCCAAGCAGAAGACAGCAUUUCAUGAUACUGGUGCAUUGUUGCUAAACAUUGUAAUGAAGGCCUCUUAUAUAUUCUGGUUAAUUGACUGUCCAGAUAGCCUUAGCAAUUAACAAACUAGCAUGAGGCUUUUGUAUCUCAACACUCUAUGUGCAUAGACAAUAUCAGCUAGCCACUUGUACGUAUGAAAUUCGUAAGAACUUCUCAAUCAUUCAGUUUUCCAUUUAUCAAACUGAAAUUUUUAGUAUGUGAAUUUUUGAAAUGUACAGUGAAUAGGAUGUUGCACUGGUGGCAAUUCAUCAUGAAGCAUAAUAAAAUUAAUUUGACCCAA